CUCAACCAUCAGGUCCCACACCACCAGGUUCAGGAACAGUCACUACCCCUCAACCAUCAGGUCCCACACCACCAGGUUCAGGGACAGUCACUACCCCUCAACCACCAGGUCCCUCACCACCAGGUUCAGGAACAGUCACUACCCCUCAACCAUCAGGUCCCACACCAACAGGUUCAAGAACAGUCACUACCCCUCAACCAUCAGGUCCCACGCCACCAGGUUCAGGAACAGUUAUAACCCCUUAACCAUCAGGUCCCACACCACCAGAUUCAGGAACAGUCACUACCCCUCAAACAUCAGGUCCCACGCCACCAGGUUCAGGAACAGUUAUAACCCCUUAACCAUCAGGUCCCACACCACCAGAUUCAGGAACAGUCACUACCCCUCAAACAUCAGGUCCCACACCACCAGGUUCAGGAACAGUCACUACCCCUCAACCAUCAGGUCCCACACCACCAGGUUCAGGAACAGUCACUACCCCUCAACCAUCAGGUCUCACACCACCAGGUUCAGGAACAGUCACUAUCCCUUAACCAUCAGGUCCCACACCACCAGGUUCAGGAACAGUCACUACCCCUCAACCAUCAGGUCCCACAGCACCAAGUUCAGGAACAGUUAUCAUCCCUUAACCAUCAGGUCCCACACCACCAGGUUCAGGGACAGUCAUUACCCCUCAACCAUCAGGUCCCACACCACCAGGUUCAGGGACAUUUAUCACCCCUUAACCAUCAGGUCCCACACCACCAGGUUCAGGAACAGUCACUACCCCUCAACCAUCAGGUCCCACACCACCAAGUUCAAGGACAGUUAUUACCCCUCAACCAUCAGGUCCCACACCACCAUGUUCAGGAACAGUCACUACCCCUCAACCAUUUGGUCCCACACCACCAGGUCCAGGAACAGUCACUACCCCUUAACCAUCAGGUCUCACACCACCAGGUUCAGGAACAGCCACUACCCCUCAACCAUCAGGUCCCACACCACCAGGUUCGGGAACAGUCACUACCCUUCAACCACCAGGUUCAGGAACAGUCACUACCUCUCAACCACCAGGUUCAGGAACAAUCAGUACCCCUUAACCAUCAGGUCCCACACCACCAGGUUCGGGAACAGUCACUACCCCUCAACUAUCAGGUCCCACACCACCAGGUUCAGGAACAGUCACUACCCCUCAAACAUCAGGUCUCACACCACCAGGUUCAGGAACAGUCACUACCCCUCAACCAUUUGGUCCCACACCACCAGGUCCAGGAACAGUCACUACCCCUUAACCAUCAGGUCUCACACCACCAGGUUCAGGAACAGCCACUACCCCUCAACCAUCAGGUCCCACACCACCAGGUUCGGGAACAGUCACUACCCUUCAACCACCAGGUUCAGGAACAGUCACUACCUCUCAACCACCAGGUUCAGGAACAAUCAGUACCCCUUAACCAUCAGGUCCCACACCACCAGGUUCGGGAACAGUCACUACCCCUCAACUAUCAGGUCCCACACCACCAGGUUCAGGAAUAGUCACUACCCCUCAACCAUCAGGUCCCACACCACCAGGUUCAGGAACAGUCACUACCCCUCAACCAUCAGGUCCCACACCACCAGGUUCAGGGACAGUCACUACCCCUCAACCACCAGGUCCCUCACCACCAGGUUCAGGAACAGUCACUACCCCUCAACCAUCAGGUCCCACACCAACAGGUUCAAGAACAGUCACUACCCCUCAACCAUCAGGUCCCACGCCACCAGGUUCAGGAACAGUUAUAACCCCUUAACCAUCAGGUCCCACACCACCAGAUUCAGGAACAGUCACUACCCCUCAAACAUCAGGUCCCACACCACCAGGUUCAGGAACAGUCACUACCCCUCAACCAUCAGGUCCCACACCACCAGGUUCAGGAACAGUCACUACCCCUCAACCAUCAGGUCUCACACCACCAGGUUCAGGAACAGUCACUAUCCCUUAACCAUCAGGUCCCACACCACCAGGUUCAGGAACAGUCACUACCCCUCAACCAUCAGGUCCCACAGCACCAAGUUCAGGAACAGUUAUCAUCCCUUAACCAUCAGGUCCCACACCACCAGGUUCAGGGACAGUCAUUACCCCUCAACCAUCAGGUCCCACACCACCAGGUUCAGGGACAUUUAUCACCCCUUAACCAUCAGGUCCCACACCACCAGGUUCAGGAACAGUCACUACCCCUCAACCAUCAGGUCCCACACCACCAAGUUCAAGGACAGUUAUUACCCCUCAACCAUCAGGUCCCACACCACCAUGUUCAGGAACAGUCACUACCCCUCAACCAUCAGGUCCCACACCACCAAGUUCAAGGACAGUUAUUACCCCUCAACCAUCAGGUCCCACACCACCAGGUUCAGGAACAGUCACUACCCCUUAACCAUCAGGUCCCACACCACCAGGUUCAGGAACAGUCACUACCCCUCAACCAUCAGGUCCCACACCACCAGGUUCAGAAACAGUCACUACUUCUCAACCACCAGGUUCAGGAACAGUCACUACCCCUCAACCAUCAGGUCCCACACCACCAAGUUCAAGGACAGUUAUUACCCCUCGACCAUCAGGUCCCACACCACCAGGUUCAAGAACAGUCACUAGCCCUCAACCAUUUGGUCCCACACCACCAGGUUCAGGAACAGUCACUACCCCUUAACCAUCAGGUCCCACACCACCAGGUUUUGGAACAGUCACUACCCCUCAACCAUCAGGUCCCACACCACCAGGUUCAGGAACAGUCACUACCCCUCAACCAUCAGGUCCCACACCACCAGGUUCAGGUAUAGUCACUACCCCUCAACCAUCAGGUCCUACGCCACCAGGUUCAGGAACAGUCACUAUCACUGAACC